GUCAUUUUACCCACCGCUAACUAACCCAUGGCCGGGGAGGAAACGGAAUAAAAACUGGCCUUUAAUUUCAAAAUUCCCACACCAUCGCAUCGCCUCGCCUCGCCUCCUAAAACCCUGCCCUAGGUUUUGGUAUUUCUUCUCGAUCGAUCGAGUUUCUGUCUCUUUCGACCUCUUGAUCACUAACGAACGAGCCAUGUCUCGCUUCUCCCUCAGCCAUCGCGGGUACGUCUAUCUCUGCCUUACUUUCAGCACCUUAAACCUCUGCAAUGCCUGGAUCAACUGGCAAUAUUGCAACAAGCAUAAGAGAGUUGCAAUGGAGAAUCUUGCAGCUCUGGAUCGAGCUGCUGAGCAUUUUCAAUUGGCUCUAGACCUUGAGAGGGCUCAAAAGCAGAAGAAGAUGGAGGAUGAGAGAGAUGCUUAGGCUGUUCGGAGUUCGGACCAGAGUGGGUAGGGUGAAGGUGAAGAUGAAGGAAACGAGGAGAAGAAGAAGGAUGACUGCCAUUAGUUUGUUUUACUUUUAAUUCGCUUUUAAAGUUUGUACUGAAAGCACCAUUUUCAAUAUAAGAAUUAGGUUCGUGAAACUGUCUGGUACCGUAUGUGUUGGAGACUAGCGAGUGUAUUGCUUCUGUUUAAGAAGGUUUCUAAUUAUUAAGUCUGGCUGGUUUACUAUGUCGUCUGAAAAAAUCUUACCAAUUUUCCUACAGCUCCUGUAUUCACUGGAUUCUACUUUAAACAAAAAAAAUUGUUGAGUUAGUACAGGGACCUCCCCCAAUGUUAUUGGCAGCGAGGAAAGAAACAAGUCUGGUUCUAGCUUUCAUAAGUUGGCAAUCAUUCUGUGUGAUUCUUUAUUCUAUUCCUCACCAGCUUGUUGCUUUGCCUGCAGGUCUAUAGUCUUCUGCCAAACUGAAGGAAGAAACAAGAACAGUCGCUUAGGAGAGCAAAUCUGUCAUCCCUCAAGCUAUGUUUCCCAAGCAUAAUAGAGACAUAACUGAUGUCUCAUCCAUGGAGAGAAAAAAAAAAGUGAUUCAGUCAUAGAGCUCAAUCAAUCACCUCAAGGAAAUCAAAGUCCAGAAGAGUGGCUUUAAUUUGUGUGGUAUGGACCUUGUGAGUCUGGCCUGUUCAACUGCCAGAUUUCAGAGGCCUAUGGAAGUUGUGGAGAAAUGCGGGACUGUGUGGGUGCUUUUUCUUGAUGGGUCAUUCUCCCUCUUUCUACGGCGUCAAGAGAUGCAAAUAUGGAAUUUCAGAGUUGUAAUUUCUCGAGUGGGCGGAGUAAGACUGAAACUUUGAUUUACCAAGUCGGCUGGUAUUAUUUAGUGCAGCAAGGGCAGACUUGGAUAACCAGAAUAGGUGAAGAGUGAUGACAGAAAAAGUUUGAUCUCAGAAGCAAGGAUGGUCAUGAUAGAAAGUUGCUAACUUCGAAUGUAGUGACACGAUGCAAUAUAAGUUUUCCACGGUGGAGGGGACUGCAGCAGAUGCCAAAGAAAUUCGCUGUGGAUGGUUUUCAUUGCUUCCGGAAGGAUUGGAGGAAGGCACACACUGACUUUACAUAUCCUCAAGUUUCGUGUCAAGAUACCCAUCCCAGGUUUGCUGUCAAAGAUCUUCGAAUCCCAGCAAUUCAGAAUUCCAAUGUGCUUGGGGUGUUUUUGGUUUAUUAUUUGAUCUCUCUGCCUCCCUGAUGAGAUAUUCUAUCCUUCCUGUAGAUUCGUUUUUCUCCUUUUAAUUAGUUAGAUGGGUUUCUUUGUGCUAUUUUCAGGAGGUUUUUGUGUCGGGCCACUUUUUGUGAUGCUCUGCUUCGACUUCUUGAGUUAUUUACUCAAUCCUUCUAGCAUUGACAAACAAUGAAGGGUACGGAUUUGCCAAGCUAGAAGCCAAAGCCAGGUUUUGAGAAGUAAUAGUUGAUCUCUAAUGUCUAGGUUGUUGUUAAGGAACUUUGUUCUGUGAAGUUUGUAUUUGGCUUAUAGAUUGUUCGACUCUGGGAGCCAUAUUUUUGGUUGGUUUGAGGAGACAUUUCGUUUGGACAAUCAGGUUGUAUAUUGUGACGAAGAGUUGAAUGGGGAUCAUGUUCUUGGUAAAUCUACAGCCACCUAUGUCUAGCGAACUAGGAGCAGCAACUACCUUCAUCCCUGCAUGUCGUGGAGUUCAUUUUUCUCUCUUGCCAUUUUUGUGGUUCCUUUUGCUGUAGAUUAUUUACCCCAUGUCUUUGUAUUAAUGCUCUACAAGUAUCCAUAUUACCUGUAGGCUGUAAGGCUGUAAUUAGUGUUAAGCUGUAUCUUCAUAUGUUUUAGGGUCUUUCAGAUGAUUUUAUAUUUUAUAAAUACACUAGGUGGCGAUGCCGCACAUUGUCGCGGGGCGGAGAUGGCCAAGGAACAUGUAUUAUGUGGCCUGUUAUGGUGUUUUGUUAGUAUUAUUAGUCUAAAAUUAAUUUUUUGUUCGCAGUUUUGUUAGCAAUAUUGACUGAGAAGAGAUAUAUGCAGUGAACAUCCAAUUUAAUAAAUUCUGAAAAUUUUGGCUAAUAAAUGAUAUUUACCUAAACCCAAGUAG